AUGGGAAGGUCCCCUUGCUGCAUCGGUGCCAGCGGCUUGAAACGAGGCCCUUGGACACCCGAAGAAGACCAAAAGCUAAUGGCUUUUGUUCACAAACAUGGCCAUGGAAGCUGGCGUUUUUUACCAGAGAAAGCCGGCCUUCGAAGAUGUGGGAAAAGUUGCAGACUGAGAUGGAUUAAUUAUCUCAGACCUGAUAUCAAGAGAGGAAAGUUCAGUUUACAAGAACAAAAGACCAUCAUUCAACUCCAUGCUCUCCUAGGCAACAGGUGGUCUGCAAUUGCUGCUUAUCUACCAAAAAGAACAGAUAACGAAAUCAAGAAUUAUUGGAACACACAUUUAAAGAAAAGGUUAGCCACAAUGGGGAUCGACCCUUCGACUCAUAGACCAAUGGUUGCACCAAUUGGUUCAGCCAGUGGUGACCCGAAAAAGGUGUCAAACCUAACUCACAUGGCUCAAUGGGAGAGUGCUCGACUCGAAGCCGAAGCUAGGUUAGUUAAAGAGUCAUCGAAACAUCACCAAAACAACCGAACGUCAGCCCUACGAUGGCGUCGCCCGGCUCAACGAGUUGACAAACCGCGUUUCUUGACAUAUUAA